AUGAGCGACAAUAAGAUUCUUGGUAUCGGAGGUCGUUAUCAGGUUCUUUUCUUGGAUUAUACAGAUUCCAAGUUUCGGACGUACAUAACAGAUAAUUUACUUGGAUUUUCCGUGUAUGUCUCCAAUACUACGGAUAGAUCACAGGGAACGUUGUGUUUCAAGGACAACAACUUCACAAUAAACACAAUACCUCCUGUCUUCACAACAAACUGCUCUGCUCAUGGACAAUAUAUCAUCUACUACAACGAGAGACUACCUGGAGUUGUCUACCCUGUCGGUUAUGCUAGUAAAGUAGAGAGUGACCUUUGUGAAGUAGAGGUGUAUGGAUGUCCAGUAACAGGGUUUUACGGAUCUAACUGCUCCAUUCCCUGUCCAGAUGUCAACUGUCAGUACUGUCACAUAGAGACGGGCUAUAGCCAGUGUUGUAAACCAGGGUACCAAGGUCAGCGAUGCGAAUUAGCAAAAGGCAAAUAUCCCAAACAGGCUUUUGCGAAUUUACGGCUGUAG